AUGUUUCGCCAGGCAAUAAGACGAUUUCACGGCGUGGGCAGAACCACCAGGGGAACCACCAGGCUUGUGCAAGUACCAUUGAGGCGCCAAGGGUGGCCAAUUACGAAUGCUCCAGGUAUGAUUGGUGGUCGGUUUUACUCGAUUAAUACGGAAGGAGAAGACAUUUCCGACUCCAUAGAUAAGAUUAGCAUCGGCGAGUACCAUCGUGUGGCAGAUGAGUAUUUGGAAACACUUGCUGACGAACUUGAGACUCUUGCCGAGGAUAAUCCUCAGGUUGAUGCCGAGCUCAGUCACGGAGUUUUGACGCUUGUUCUUCCUCCCUAUGGAACAUAUGUCAUCAACAAGCAGCCACCUAACCAGCAAAUAUGGCUCAGUAGCCCUGUGAGUGGCCCGAAGCGGUUUGACCUCAUCAAGUCCCGGUGGAUCACAUUGCGGGAUAACUCUUCGUUGACGGAAACACUUGAAACCGAGCUUUCUUCAGCAUUAGGAAAUGAAACCAAGCUCGAUGUGCAACAAUAA